AUGGAGAAGAUUGAUGCUUUUCGAUCCUUUUACUCCGGACCGGAGAACGUGCACGAUAAAGAACUUUUCACCGAAGUUUUCCGGGAGGCAAUGCAGGCAUUCCAAAGCGAGCUCUCGAAGGACAGCACAAAGGUACAAUGGCUGUACAAUUCGCGGCUCGAUAGCCUCGAAGAGGUGCUCUCAGCCACCGUCAAUGCUCAGGCUCAGUAUGAAUCGCAAAAAGACAAGUCGACCAUGCGACGGACGCUCGUGGACUUGUCAAAGAAAAUCCAUUAUUACGGAAAGGUCCUGGAUGUCAUGGUACAGCAUCAUCCAGAGUAUGUAUCUCUGGUGUGGGGUGCCAUGAAAGUUUUGUUUGUGGGGGUUGUGAAUCAUCAGAAUCUGCUUUCAACCCUUGCGGGUGCUCUCUGCCAGAUUGCCGACAUUUUGCCACGAGUCGAGUUGAGCAUACAGCUCUAUUCAACAUCUUACAUGAAGCAAAUCGUGGUGCCCCUCUACACAAGCAUCUUGAAGUUCCUCGUGCGUGCCCUCCGCUGGUACCAGGAAAGCAGGACCAUGCGAGCCAUACACGCCAUAACCCGACCAGCCGAGCUCUGCUACAAUGAUAUCAUUGCAGAAAUAUCAUCACUGUCGCAAAGACUAUCAGAGCUAGCUCUUGUCAGCGGCCUUGCUGAGCAACGAGACCUGCAUACUAGAUUGCGCCUUAUGCAUUUGGACAUGACGCGACUGAGAGAUGUCGUGCUACAGAUGAAGGACUCGAUGGCCGCCGAGCAGGUUAUCAACGCCUCGGCGAGGAUUGAGUUUCGCCAACAGUUGACAUCAAUCCAGGUAACUCAAUUUGUCGAUAUCCUCUCCAAGGCACCACUUCUUGACCCGCUCAAGUCACUCGAGUCAUCCGUAUUCCUGCGUAAACGGCGUCGACAUAUAUCAGUACCUUAUAGCCUCCGUUUCUGGUUCACGACGGAAAUGCAGAAUUGGAAUCAGGGACAUGGUUCAGGUUUUGUUAUGAUUGACGGGACGUGGAAGCUGCGGCAUAUCGUUCGCGAUUUCUGUACUGACUCGAUCAUGUCGCUGCAAGAAGCGAAAACUCCUGUCAUCUGGGCCCUAAAGCCCGCAGACUUCCCGCAACAGGCGGAUAGUCAGGUUUGGUCCAUCGACAUCCUCAAAAUCCUCAUAGCUCAAGCUAUCCGACUCAAUUUGACCAUCCAAACAGACUCCGAGCUAUCCCCACGACUACGAGCUUGCAACACUGCGAUGACCUACGAAGAAUGGCUACAGAUCCUCGCCUCAGUGCUCCAGAACAUCCCAUACCUUUACAUGUUCAUAGAUUUGGAACUUGUCUCCCAUCCAAUGGACGACAGUAAGCGUUCGUGGCCUCGGGCAAUCCAGAGAGUGCUCGCCGAGCUUUCGCAGCGGGGCUGUGGUUGUGUCAUCAAGGUUGCUCUGAUAAGCUACGGAUCCCACGUAUUUACAACUUCAGCUAUCGGCGGAGACGCACCUCCUGUGAGGCGCAUUUUUAUUCUCUGUUGCAACUGCUCUGCCCCGAUCGAUGGCACCACCUCCGCCAACGCCCUCUGCUACGACUGUAUCAAGCUCACUGUCGACAUCUCCCAAGGCAUCCCCCGCGAAGCGAAUAUCCAGUUCUGCAAAGACUGCGACAGAUGGCUCCUGCCGCCCAACAGCUGGGUCGUGGCAGCGCCUGAAUCGCGCGAGAUGCUUGCCCUGUGCCUGAAGAAGCUGAGGGGCUUGAAUAAGGUCCGCGUCAUCGACGCCAGCUUCAUCUGGACAGAGCCCAACUCAAGACGAGUGCGCGUCAAGCUCACGAUCCAGGACUCGGUCGCGGAGGGUGUUGUGCUGCAGCAAAGCUUCGAGGUGGUCUACGUCGUCGGCACCCACCAGUGCCCCGAAUGCCAAAAGUCAUACACGGCGAACGUGUGGAGGGCGUGUGUCCAGGUCAGACAAAAGGUGCUGCACAAGCGUACCUUUUUGUUCCUGGAGCAGCUGAUCAUGAAGCACGGUGCGCAUCGGGAUACCCUCAACAUCAAGGAAGCCAAAGACGGCAUCGACUUCUACUUCUCGCAAAGGAAUCAGGCUGUCAAGUUUGUCGACUUUCUCAAGUCUGUCGUUCCCGUGUUUGUCAAGAACUCCCCAGAACUCAUUUCCGAAGACAUUCACACGUCGACCAAGUCCAUGAAAUUUGCCUUCUCGGUGGACAUCGUCCCCAUCUGCAAAGACGACCUUGUCGCCCUCCCGCUGGAGCUGGCCAAGAGGAUAGGAAACAUCUCGCCCAUCUGCCUGUGCUGGAGAAUUGGAACUUCGGUCAACCUGCUGGACCCACAGACUCUCACCAGUGCCGAGAUUGCCGCUCCGAUAUACUGGAGAGAAAAGCAUCAGUUCGGUGCUCUGGCAGACAUGAAAGAGCUGGUCGAGUUUGUUGUGCUGGAUAUUGAGCCCACCGGCUACCGAAAGGGCAAGUGGGUGCUCGCCGAAGCCACUGUCGCCAGGGCCUCGGACAUGGGCGCCAACGACACCACCUAUUUCACCCGCACGCACCUUGGACACAUGCUGCAGGUCGGCGACUCGGCCAUGGGCUACCUGCUCACUGGGACCAACUUCAACAGCGCCGAGCUCGACGCCAUUGAGGAGUCGCACGCCUACGGCUCCACCAUCCCCGACGUCGUCCUGGUCAAGAAGCACUGGCCCCGCAAGCAGAAGAACCGCAAGCGCCACUGGCGGCUCAAGCGUAUGGCCAAGGACGAGGGCGAGCUGCUUCCCAAGAAGUCUGACCAGGCCCGCAUGGAUGCCGAGUACGAAACCUUCCUGCGCGACGUCGAGGAGGACGACGAGCUGCGCGCUGCUCUGGCGCUGUACAAGAACACCAACAAGAAGAAGCUGCAACAGCAACAGGGCGGUAUGGACGUGGACAGCAUGAGCGUGGCGGGCACGGAGAUGACGGAGGAUGUCGACGGUGAUGACGCGCCGCGGGUAGACAUGGAAGAGCUGCUGGAUGAUUUUGACGAGCUUGCGAUUGAGGACCAGCAAUGA